AUGGUCGACAUUGUGCGUCCUGUCGCCGCCUCCCCUCCCUCCUCCUUGACCUUCGCGCCCACCGAGCCCUUUGGCACCACGUCGAAAUCGAACUCAAAAGCCACCUCAAUUGAAACCCGUCGCUCCGACGCUGCAUACAUGGGCGCAAACCUAGAUGCCAACGGCGCCGUCGACAAACAAACCUCGUCCCGCUCCUUCUUCUCCCGAUUCUCCUUGCCCAUUCGCACCCGCACGCGCCACGUUGCCGACUUUCACGUUCGCCCGAAUGAGCCCCAUCGUCAGUACAAUGCGGGCGACAAUGUUCGCGGCUCUGUCGUCCUGACCAUUGUCAAACCUGUCCGCAUCACCCACCUGACCGUGGCCCUGCACGGCUACGUGCGCGUCUUCAAAGGCCCCGCCAUUGCGGAGCGCGAACUCGCCAGUCCCAUCUUGACGUCUGGCCGCUCGUCGGCGCAAUACCACGGCAACGGUUACGCGUCCUUGUUCCAGGAUGAGCAGGUGCUUGCCGGCGAGGGGCGCCUGGAAGCUGCCAAGUACGAAUUCCAGUUCGACCUGCAGUUUCCCGAGAAGGGUUUGCCCAGUAGCAUCGAUUUUGAGCGUGGUACCAUCUCCUAUAUGAUCACUGCGACCCUCACGCGACCGACAACUAUUGCGCCUACAACGACUUGCGACCGAAAAAUAUCACUGGUGGAGAAGAUCGACAUUGGUCUCCUCCCCCGUCCGCGACCGCGAACCAUUUAUCUCGAACCUAUUUCUAAAAAGUCGAGGAGGAGGAAACAGCAGCAGACGAUUGUGGCACCGGCCAACACCAAUGCGAAUGGCCCAGCCGCUCCGCUGGAACGAACACCUCCCACCAACGAGGCGACCGAACAUGCAUCGGACCACGAAUCUCACGUGGAGCGAUGCACUAUUUCAGAAGACACGCAGCAAGAUGCGCACGACAACCCGCGGAGCCCCUUGCACCAACAACAAGAUGGCCGGUCUGAGAUGAGCGGCGACAGUGGUCUGACUUCCACCAGUGGCAUGAGCGACCGUGGCACGGAACAUCAGACGGCAUCAUCGCUUGCCGCCAAUGCCAAGUUGCAGGCAGUCGACGAGAAGACAAUCACAGCAACAGUCGAGCUGUUGCGAGGAGGUGCCGUCGCGGGCGAUACAGCGACCGUCAAGGUUUCGGUUCAGCACAUCAAGCGUCUCAAAAGCAUGCACGGCGUUAUUGUCACCAUGUACCGCCAGGGCAGGAUUGAUACAGCUCCGCCAGCGUCCCUGUUUGCUGAUAUGGUGUCCAAAGACGACGCUCGGAAGUUGCAGAAAGAAGAAUACUACCCCAGAUCGAGAACGGGCCUUGGAGGGUUGUCUCUGUCUUCCACAACCUCCCAGAGUGUCUUCCGCAAAGACUUGUCCCAAGCGGUGGCACCUUUGAUCAUCGACCCUGCAACUAUGGAGACAACCGUCAUGGCAUCCCUCAAGGUCCCGGAGGACGCAUUUCCCACAAUCAAGGGAGUCCCUGGCGAGAUGAUCAGCUUCAAGUAUCAUAUCGAGGUGCUGAGCGAGGCAGGAGCAACACAUUACGGACUUAUCACGUACAAGAAGAUGCGGAGCACACGGCCGCCUGGGCCUCUGAGCCGACAACAUACGGCAGACACAGCACACAUGGCGAGUCCUCUGGAUCGAGGGGAGGCACCAGCAUAUGUGCCAGCGCCUCAAAUCGAGGACGAGAGCGUUCUCACAGAAAAGGAGCGGGUGCGUCGACAAGAACAGAGGUUAUUGCCGAGCCAGCCAUCAGCGGCCGAUGCAGGACCUUCUGGAGCCUCAGCGCCCGAAGCCAAUAUUUAUGACGCCGACGACGGCCCACCCUCGGCACCACCAUUACACGAGCCUUCCAGGACAGAAGCCAAUAACGAGCAUGACGCGCCGUCAGCGCCAACACUGGAGGACAUUGCAGGGCCGGCAUCCCAUCCAACCGAGGACAAGCUCGAGGUGGAGAGGCAGCGGCUGAUGAACGAAGCAAGCGCGCCACCAGAGUUUCCGGAGGACUACGAGGCCGGACCCAGCCACCGGCCAUCAGCACCCCCGGCGGAUGCGGCGGACGCGCUACCGUCGGCGCCGGUGUUGACGGACGAAGACGAAUAUGGCGGCCAAUACAGCUACCCUGCGGGACCGUCGUCGCCGAGGGACAUGGGCUCGGGGUCGGAGCAACUCCCGCGUCUCGGCGCCACGACGCCGCAGCCAGACGAUCGAAAGGAAGAGAAGAAGUCGAUUGGCACUACAGCGGCCGAACAUGCACGGCAAAGACGGCGCACCAGGACGCGUGGUGCACCCAUUCGAGCGCAGGGAUGCAGCGUGGUGGCGGCGGCGCCGACCAGGCUGAGGGGUGGGGUACACGGGCUGUACAUCCUUCACAGCAAUGGAAAGUCAUCGGGGGGUUCCAAAGCAUGGACACCGAGAAUCGUCCAGAGGGCGUGA